AUGAUGGCGGUGUGCAUGUUCUGGCUGCUCACGUACGUGGGUCAGGGCCUGGACCUGGCCGUGGGGAAUCGUCCUGUGAUCAUCAUGCAGGGCUCGCAGGAGCAGGACUACCGCCACGGAACCGGCAUCAGAAAGAAGAACGAAUUGAACUCGGUCGGCAAUAACCUGUUGCACUUCAGGAUAUAUCCUCCGGAGGCGUCCCAUCGCGACGACCUGUCCAAUUGGCUGUUGCUCAACGACGAGCCGAGGAUCUCGUCGUGGACCCCGGCGGGCAUAUUGAUCGACGACAUGAUCAGGGAACCCAGGGAACUGCAGACGGUGUUCUUCGCCCUGUCGCCGACGAUGCUGAACGUCCUCUACUCGGAGUACAUGACGGCCAAUCAGCUGGGCGAGCAGUUCCCGCACGAGGAUCAGCCCAGCCACCUCGGUCAACGCGGCAAGAAGCUAAGGAUAGACUGCAGACACCCGAGGAACACCGUCAGCCUGCCCAUCAGGAUCUGCGACGACGCCACCGGCAGAAAGAACCAUCAGGAAUCCAGACAAUCGAGCUACGAGGAUCUGUUCGAUCAGAAACGCGCCGGGAGUACGAAGACUGAUAUGACGCGGGGCGAGAAACCGCGGGACUACCAGAACAACGGUUUCGUCUCGAGGGCGUUCGCGAUAGACGCCAACAAGCUUCCUGGAAAGAGGAGCCAAACGCCUACCGGACGCCGCUCCAUCGACCUUCCCGGAGAGUCUGCCCCGCAUCAAGCUCAACCUCCGUCGUCUCUAGGGUCCGGGAUCAGCGUCGCUUCUCAAUUUAUGCUCAGAUCUACCAGGGGAAGCAUACAAUACGAUGUCCCGCAGAUCGAGUGUCCGAUCUCGGAAGACGGCCUGGAAAGGUUUGCGUGUCCCAACGCGGAUAGAAUGGGUAGAUACCACUGCAUCGAAGAUCACGCCUUGUGCGACGGUUUCAUAGACUGCCCUACAGGCGAGGACGAGGACAGGCAAGCCUGCAUGUUUUACAAAACUACGAAAGCUCACCUUGACAUAUUGGCAGAUGCCAUUUUGCGAUGGGCAAGAGGACGCUAAUUCCUUUGUUGACGAUGAACCUCUGACCUAUGCAUAAAAUCAUAAGUCUGACGAGUUUACUUCUUUAUACAUUCA